AUGGAAUUCGACAAGGAGUGCAAUGGCCGUAUUCACUCGCGGGCCACACUCACUACGUCGCAGCGCUGUCAUAAGGAACUCGAGACGACGGCGUCCAAUGUGAGGAACAGUCUGCAACUUUUGAUUCAAUUGGGUUUUCUGUGUCAACGUACCGAACCCAAAAAUCAGGCUGAAAAUUACGAGUCCGCGACUGGACGUAAUGAUAGCAACUCGGAUACUUACCAGGUUUGUGAUAGACGUUGCACUGCUCAUGGGGCAUCAAAUGCUUCCAGUGCUGGUUCUACUCGAUGUCCGAAUGGCUCGUCCGCUCCAGAUGCAUCUGAUAGCACUCAGCAAGCAACAGAUCCCUGGAUGUUCUCUGGGCAAUCAGACGGGUUAGAUGAUGAUGAGUCUGUGGUUUCUUCAAUUCGUCAGCGCAAGGAGAAAGAGUUGCAGCUGAAACUUCCCAUUCGCAAACUUGGCAUUCCAGACCACGAUCGAGUCCCAGCCAUGCACCCAAUGACUGAAGGCUAUCUCGCUCUUACAAGUCAUAUCAUGUGUGCAUCAGAGCCAUCAAGAUUCAAAUUCUAG